AUGCCCAAGAGAAAGGCUGCAGGGGAUGCUAAAGGCGAUCGAGCCAAGGUGAAGGAAGAGCCACAGAUAACAUCUGCUAGGUUAUCGGCAAGGUCUGCUCCUCCAAAGCCAGAGCACAAGCCUAAAAAGGCCCCUGCCAAGAAGGGAGAGAAGGGACCCAAAGGGGAAAAGGGGCAAGCUGAUGCUGGCAGAGAUGGGAAGAAGUCUGCCGAAAGUGGAGAUGCCCCAACACACCCGGAGCAGAAAGCUGAAGGGGCUGGGCCGCCGAGAAAAGUGUGCAUUUCUGGGCUUUGCCACCCAUACUGGAGAACGUUCUGCGAGGAACUAUGGAAAUACAAAGAGUAA